GGGAGUCAAGUCCCCCUUGAGGAAUCCGAGAGUGGUGUUCCUUAUGGAGAUAUGCCCAUCACUCUGAGUGAAGGUCUUGGCUUCUCCAGACAAAGUCUGGUAGUGGGUAUCCGUGGGAUAGCAAGCGGAACAUUCAAGUACACCUGUACUGCGACCAACAACAAUGAAGAUGCUUCUGCUUCAAUACCAGUUACUCUUGAAAUACCAGCUCUGGAAGAUCCUACUGUAUCGAGUUAUGUUCGAUUUUCAAUCAAUGGCAGUUUGGAGCCCAUACCGUCUAAUGUGCUCAUCAACAGUGUGGCUUUGUCAUCAAUAGAUGUGGAAAAAGAAGGCUAUCAAGAAUUCAAUUGCAAAAGACUUCAAAACGAGCAUAGAAGAAUUGAAUGUCUAUUCAACAACUACAACAGCGACCAAUCACUGGACUCUGCUAAAUUGAAGGAAGUUCUUGUGAAUGAAGGCAUAAUUUCACCCAUCGAAAUCAUUAUUGAAGCAGUCAAGUACAAUGUGCCUUUGGACCACCUAACACAGAUGCCCAACGAGACUGUUUGUCUCGGGAGGGAGAGACAGUGGAGUGACAUCAUAGACUAUAGUGAUUGCUACACCAUGAUCACAAUGAUGUAUCAAGGAUUCGAAGUGGAGAAUGUAGCGGAGGAAAAUGUUGUCGUAAUGUUGGAGGAAUUUGCAGCACUGGUGGAUAUGACAGAUGACACCAUUGACCAAUCUCGCAGAAACUUUGAAGUGAUUACAAAUGUACUCAACGCCACCAGUAGCAUUGUCAACAACGCUGCCCUCAAUGAUACAGAUCUGAGACAGGUUGUUGAGUCGGUGUCAAGUAUAGUAGAUGAUCUGCAAGUCUGGGAGGAAGACGAAAUUCAGAUGACAAAUAACAUAAAUGUGGUGGAAGUGUUAGAAAAUGUGGCAAAUGCUCUGGCGGUAAAUCAAGAGAUUGGAACCGAAGAAAACGUUACAGUGUUACGUUUUGAGGGCGAUACAUCUGCCCUACUUGUGGAAAGAAACAACAUAGAGCAGCUCCAAACAAGUGGAAGAGAAUUUGGUGCCACAAGAGACGACAAAGGCAUUACCACACUGCCAGGAGUAACUGAUGGCGUCCUGGCCUCAAUACAGCUCCCAGGGAGCUUGUUUAGCACUGACAGGGUCACUAACAAUUCUGUUGGUAGAGGGGUUGGAUUGGUGUUUUCUUUCUUCGAGACCCCCGUCCUCUUUCCUCUGGCCAAUGGGACUCGUGCCGACCUACAGAUUCGUACUUCAGUCAUUGGCACACUGAUUGGUGGUAUACCUAACAUAUCAGACCUUCUGGACCCAAUUAUAAUCACCUUUCAGUUGGAAAUCGACACAGAGGAUGAAGUGAUUGAAAAUGGAGCAUGUGUCAGCUGGGAUUUUGAAGCUUCGGGUGGUGUAGGGAACUGGACAAAUAGAGGAUGCAACACAACCCUGGAUAAGGUGUCCAGAACCGUCAAAUGCAACUGCAGUCAUCUAACAAACUUUGCUGCAUUAGUUGAUGUAUGCUCCAGAACUGAGGGAGACUGUGAACAAUCUGAAGCUUCUAGGACAGCUCUUGAGAUCAUUUCCUACGUCGGUGUUUUUCUCUCAAUAUUUGGGCUCAUAACACCAUGA